AUGGAUAUGCAUGACCCCAAGGGUAUACAGGGACAGGGAGAAAUCGACAUGACUGCCCUUGUACCUUAUUUCAGACUUGGUCUCGGUCUCACUCGGGCUCAGGAGACUCUAUUGGAGGACUUCUCUUCAGGGCUCGGUAAUGGAGACUGUGACGAGAGAUUGAUUCGGCCUCGACUAUAUGCAACACUUAUGGUGUUGCUGGCCAAGGUCAUGAAGGAAACCCGCAUCAGUAGAGAUGAUGACGAAUCUACGUGCAACUCCGAUCUUCCUUCGAUUGACUAUUCAGCGCCAUGCUGGAUGGCCGACCAGAAACUCAUUGUUUCACCUGUUGCCGACUUUGCGAGUCACCCCGUGGAGAUCACUAUGCAUUUUAUCCUACUGUACGGCCGGCGCCCAACUUUGGACACAAAUCUCAUUGUGUUGAGGAAACAGACAAUCCUUCCUGACGAGGACUGGGGAGUCCUUGCAGCUAUGUCCGCUAUUCAUCGCCAGCGGAAAGAGGCAGGCGAUAACGGGGACAUUUACGGAAUCCAUACCGAUACCUAUACCUGGAAUUUCUUCCACCUCAACAAUAGCGGCAAGUAUUCAACCAAACUGGAUUUGUCCUGGUCCUUGGACCAAAAGGAGGUCAUCGGUCGCAUCUGCCAGAUAAUAAGAGAAGCUAGAGCUCUUUCCCGAAAGGUGGGAGGUAGGGAUUCUAUGCUGGGCAUCUUUGAAUCAGAGACCGAAGAAAAUAGUGAUGACGAAAUACUGAGUGUGAUAUUCUCCGAGGUGACCGUUGCAUGGUGUAACGCAGCGCAUCAGCUGGUACUGUUUCAUCCCUGUUCUGUCCUACAUUUUAUUUUACAUGCAUAUGCACACAGCCUGCUAUGCCUUCGAUUAUAUUACAUGUUUCUGUUAGUAAAUGCGUACUUUAUGCUGCGUGCUCGACUAUAUGGAAACGCGGCCUUUUACACUAUCGCGUAUUGCGGUGUUGUCAGAUAUUGGCAUCUCGCAAUCGACGGACCGCUCAAUAAUAGAAUAGAUAUCCAAGUAGGACAUAGAUUAUCUGUCUGA